AUGGCUCGUAUUGUCCGGGACGUAGAUCAUCUAGUAGGGGUCCUGAUGCUGGCCGUGGUGGUGGUGUUUUGGGUUGGCGCUUCGUGUUUGACUAAUCAAUUGUUCGAGACAAAUGCUUACAAUAAACCGUUCUUCCUUACUUAUUUGAAUAUAUCGUCUUUUGCUCUUUACUUGAUGCCAGACUUGUGGAGGAAAAUCCAGUUGAGGAGGAAAGCCCUGCAAGAGCAGAGAAAUCGAAGAUUACCUAUUCACACACAAGAAUCUUUUCCAGAGCUUUUACCGUUGAUAAUUUCUGCCUCUCCAAAUUCUCCUUCUCACUCUUCUUCUUCUUCUUCCUCAACAGUGGAUUUGAGAGUGAAGGAUACGAUGAGAUUGAGUCUACUAUUUUGUGUCCUGUGGUUUGUGGCGAACUUGGCGGCUAACUCUGCUUUGUCGUAUACCACAGUGGCAUCAUCGACGAUUCUUUCAUCUACAUCCUCAUUUUUCACUUUAUUUCUUGCUGUUAGUCUGGGAAUCGAAACUUUCUCAAUGAGAAAACUACUGGGAUUAUUCGUGUCUUUGUUUGGAAUUAUCCUGAUUGUAAUGCAAUCUUCUAAGCAACAGGAUUCUGUGAGUGCUUCUUCUUUUUUGAUAGGUAACACUUUAGCACUACUGGGGUCAUUCGGUUAUAGUGUUUAUACAACACUUUUGAAAUAUGAAAUAUCAUCUAAGGGUCUCCAGCUAGACAUUCAAAUGUUUUUAGGUUAUGUUGGUAUCUUCACGUUUCUGUUAUUUUGGCCGGUUUUGAUAAUUCUGGAUAUCUCACAUUUGGAAACAUUUGAGUUACCAAAUAACUUUCGCAUAUUAUCUAUGGUCUUACUAAAUUGUAUCAUUAUCUUUGUUAGUGAUUAUUUUUGGUGUAAAGCCCUUAUUCUGACAUCUCCCUUAGUGGUUACCAUUGGUUUGACAUUUACCAUUCCGUUCGCUAUGCUUGCUGAUUAUGUAUGGCGGAACACGUCUUUUACAUCUUGGUAUAUUGUCGGUGUUUUCCUCAUUUUUAUUUCAUUCUUUCUGGUUAACCAUCAAGGAGAGUCUGCCCCCGAAAAUGGCUAUGCUAUUAUUGAAAAAGACCCGUCCUAA